CCCCCAAAGCUCUAGUUCUCUUCCUUCAGAAGGCACAGCCCUGCACAGAUUAUUUCUUGGUCACACCUUUAGCAAGAUCUAAAGGAUUCAACGUAUUGCAAGCCUGUCGCUUUGGAUUUAGCUCUGUUUGGACCCCUCUCUGCCACUGGGUGACAAUCAGGUAAGGUUCCUAUGGUUCACUCCUAUAGGACAGUAAGUACUCCUUUAAAAGCAGAGUACUGUCAAAGCACAAAUGAAAAGGAUAAUUUCUAACCAUAGUUUCUGAGUAUAGAUCGUACUUGGUUCACGCAUUGAUUUCAUUGUAGCUGAAUUUUAUAGAAAUUUGUAGAUUCCUGAAACGUAGUGUACAUUUGAGAGCUACGUAUUCUUUUCCAUUCUCUAUUCUAAUGUGAGCAGUGCAAAAAAAGUGUACACAUAUUUAUCUUUUAUAUACUCAUUGACUGCACAUGAAACCUUCACAUUGACUGGCAAUGAUAAGUGUUUCAUUAUAAUAGUUGAAGUGCUGUACUAUUUACUAUUCUACUGAUUUCUACUGAUAUAAUAUCAGAGACCACUCUAAGUUACUUGCGUUUGUAAGGGUCUCCUCAAAUCCAGGCCUGUUUAUGUAUACCAAGUCCCAGUAACACGUUUCAAGAACACAGCUUUAAAAUACUUUAUAAAUCCUUUUAAAGAUAUUUCAUUUGAGCAGAGUUAUUUCUUGAGAAGUUUUCUUUUUUAUUCUUGCAUCAUGAAAUUUUCCUUUUAUUUACCCCUUUGUAUAAUGUGGCAGAGUACAUUGGUGCAUUUUAAGUAAAUUGAUGUUUUCCGUGAAUAUAAUUGACAUUUUAAUGAUAUGCCGCUAGACUAAACAAAGGAUACAUCUGCUAAAUAUUCACAUCCAUGCAUCUAGUAUGCAUUUAUUUACAUUGCACUAACAGUGAGUAAAAAUUGUCAAGGCAAAUUUAAUAUAUGAUUACAAAAAAGGAUUUCGUAUCAUUACGUUCAAUAUACCAAAGAAUUAAAUAUCUUCGUCAAUCUGUCAUUAUAAAAGCAAGUACAGAAUGUCUCAGUGGUACAGAAUUAGCCAUGUGGUGACUUAAUUUUGUCCUCAUAUUUGCAUUGUGGAAUGUGUUGAUACUUUAUAAAUAAAUAGAUUACAUAAUUAUUAAUAUAUCACUGAAUACUUUAUGUAUUUUUUUUUUUUUAUCAUAGUAAUCUAUGCCAUAUGAAGUGAGGAUUUUACUAUAAAGUUUAUGUGGAUCCACAAUUACUAUAAAUCCCUGCCUUUAGUAUAGGCAAUACCACUUCCCAAUAAAGAUGUUUUAGUCAAUUUUGCCAACCUGGGAAAGAUGCCUAAUAUUAGGUCCAGCUCUAUAAACCAUGUGUGGCAUAUUUCUACAUAAUCCCAAUAAACGGCUAUUAGGAUUGUGCAGCGUUAUGAUGCCACGUGUGGUAUGUAGAACAUGACAUGAAGUGAGGCUUCUCUCCCAGGUUUGACGCAAAUAACUAAACGUUCUUUAUUGGGAGGUUGGCUGGACAUUAAUAGAAUUCUGCUAUACUCAGUAUUUAGGCUUUGGUAGAUCUCAGAAGCUUAAACCCUGCCAUAUUUAAUAUUCGGUAUAUAGUGUGUUACCAUGUAAGGAGGGCAACAAAGAGAACACAUGGGGUGUAACAAAUGAACACAGAUGGCAUAAAUUAAUAGAAAAGGGAGACAGCAAAAUGUCAAUAAGUGAGAACUGCAGACAAUUACCCCACCCAAAGAAAACAAAACGCGAGGACAAAAAUUUACAUUACUGAAAAUUAUGCCACAGUGGUAGAAGAUGAUGACGAGAAAAUUUCAGGGCAUUUUAUUACAGAGGUUAAAAAAUGGAUGGACAAGGCAUUAUAUCAUUUAUACAAGGAGAAGGUUCAGUAUAGGUGUCCCUUGUCUAUAUUGCUAAAAGUGAACACACAAGGUGUUAAAAAAGGGGAUCCCUCUCAACCUUCUAGGAUAAUACAAAAGUAAAAGACAGGUAAGGGCUGCGCCACAUGUGAUAGGAUAAAUUACAGAUAAAAUGAAAUAUAUAAAACAUAGAAUAGAAUAAAAUAAAUAUGUGGGUGAGAUAAAGACAAGAUAACCUAAUAGUGCAGUAAGUCAGGGCUAAGUAGGCCUGUUAUUAAAAAUAAUAGUAAUACACUCACAUUUUUUUUUAGGUUAUCUUGUCUUUAUCUCACCCACAUACUGAGACCAAAGACAACAAGACCCCCCAAGUAUAAAGAACCUAGGAACAACAGUUGAACUCACCUCCUGAAUAAGAGACAAUUUUAUAAAUGACAAUUUGCACAUCUGGAAUAAGACUCACAGAAUUUUUUUUUAUUCUAUUUUAUGUUUUAUAUAUUUCAUUUUAUCUGUAAUUUAUCCUAUCACAUGUGGCGCAGCCCUUACCUGUCAUUUAUUUUCAUAUUGGUAAUUAUUCUCAACAGCAAGAAUGAGAUUUACAAACUUAGAAAAUAUGGUAAUCAGCUAAUGGUAAAAACAAAAGUGGUACAACUUGUAUUAUAUACUGAGCAUGAAAAGUGAAUGUAAAUUAUUACAAUUAGGAUUUUCUUACUUUCUUCUUUUAUUAAUGGGCUUCAUGUGUUCCCCUCCCAGAUUCCUACAUUGCAUUACUUUCAUGUACACGGUCAUUCUAAUAAGCAAAAAAUAAAAUACGUAAAAAUAUGCAGCAAAGAGUAUCAGUUAAGGAACACUUCACACAACUAAUUGUCCUCUGUUAUUUAUUUUACAAAAAGUGCAGGUUUCAAUUGAAAUUGGCACUUUUAUAUAUUAACCAUACUUUGCUGUCAAUCAGAAAACCAGCCCUGUCACUUCCUGGUAGUUUAACUCAACAGCUAAAUUCAAGAUGCAACAAUUGCUCAGAGCAUCUGCCUUGCAAUGACUUCUCAUUGAGCUUUUUUAUAUACAUCCCCAAUGAAAGAAAAUCAAUAAUUAAAUACAUGCAUGCUUUUUAUUAUUUAAUAAAUAGUGAUUUAUUUUUGUAUUUGGGCACGGAGUACCCUUUUAAAAAUAUCCCACCAGAUUUCCGAUAGAAAUCCUUGUAUUUCAUCAACUUUUUAUUUGCAAGUUGGAUAGGUGAAGCACAGUAUGUCCUAAGCAAUGUGAAAAUAAGCUUUGUGUAUAUGUUUCUAUCUAAAAAAGGAUUCUGGGAAAAUGUUGACAUUAUUUUCUCUGUCAUCAGAAUAGACAGACAGUAAUCAAAAAAUGAUUCUAACAUCCUAACUAGUGGAACAAACCUUAUAAAAAGGACAACAAUUAAAAGGACACCACGGCAUCAAAACAACUUCAGCUUAAUUAAGCAGUUUUGGUGUAAAUAUCAUGCCCAUGCAGUCCCACUACUGAAAUCUAUGCCAUUUAGGACUUAAAUCACCUUUUUUUUUUCUGUUUAUGCAGCUCUUGGCUGUGACUAACACAGCCUGCAUGAAAAAAUGGCCCUGCAGGGUAUAGAAGGAUAUUAACAGUAUUAACAGAGCAGGAGAUACGACAUUCUAAAUUAAAGAGAAUGUGCAAUAAAGGUGUAUAAUAAAAUAAACGUGUAAACAUUAGAUGACUCUUUACAGGAAGUGUUAAGGAAAGCCGUACAAGUCACAUGCAGGGAGGUGUGACUAGAGAUAUAUAAGCAAAGUUAUUUAACUUCUAAAUGGCACAGAAUAGAGCAGUAAGACUGUAGGGCCAUGAUAUAUGCACCAACACUGUUUCAUUAACCCCUUAAGGACACAUGACAUGUGUGACAUGUCAUGAUUCCCUUUUAUUGCAGAAGUUUGGUCCUUGAAGGGGUUAAGCUAAAGUUUUUUGAGUGAUUAUAAUGUCCCUUUAAACCAGAGCAUUCUAAAGCUCUGAAUACAUGUCUAUGCUGUUUUACUCCCUUUUCAUCUUGUCUUUAUUUAUUAGAGAGCUAAGCAGUGAGGCUUCAUGGGCAUUAUCUAUACACCAAAACCACUUUAUUAAGUGAAAGUUGUUUUGAUGCCUAUAGUAUCCGUUUAAAACUUUGGUAAAUAAACAUGUUUGCCAGAAAAUUCAGUUUCAGUUACCAUUGGAAAUAUUUUUUAAAUUAAAAAAAAUAAAAUAAGCAGAGACCAUGCAAAUUACAUUUACCUUUCACUGUUGAUAUUUGGGGGUUGACCUGAUUCCAUUUCUAAAAGUGCCUGUAAUUAAGAACCAGCUUGUUGACCUACUGCAUGUGAGAGAAUGAGGUCUCUGCACCACGCCUUUCUUGACAUUCUUUUCUUCUCCUAGGCAUACUAUUAAGAACUGCCAGGAUAUGUAACUAAUCCAAGUAAUCUCCAUUAUCUAGUCCAGUACAAUGUGCAGACAUGUAAUAAGGAAGCAGUAAGAUGUAGACCUGUGACUUUUUCCACUGGACAGCACAACCUAUCAGUGGCCUCCUUGAAGUGGUAAAGAAUGGUUCAGGGAUCUAAAAAAAAAGUAAGGCUUGUUAGGAGAUAUCAGUAAGUGUAAAAUUACAAAGCUGGAUAAUGUAAGGUGAAUAAAACAUGGUGUUUAAGAAUAGACAAGGUAUUUGCAACAUAUAUAACAAAACUGUCUUUCAGGUGCUAGAAUUUUAAAAAUGGCUUAUUCACUUUCACUUCACUUGACAUUUUUCUAAAUGAUUGAAGUGGUUAUGGUGCCUGGAGUUCAUGGACGACAGGUAUUACAUGACUGCUAAACAGUUUAUUCAAGGUUUAGCAGAGAUACUCAGCUUGCCUCCUGGCCUCCACUUACCAUUAUUCCUCCAACAUUAGUAAAAAGGAGGGUUGAUACCUACGCCAGUCUCCCAUGCUUGCUGUAUGUGCUAAACAGCAAGCAGCCAGAGACAUUGUGAUUUAUUUGUAUUUUUAAGGAACCUUUCUGCAAAACAAGGUAGAUGUAUGGCACCCCGGUUAAAUAUCUUUAAUCAAUUUAUUGUGUAGCUAACUCUCUGCAGAGGAAGACCCCCAGUUGUUUUCACAUAGAUUCUGAUGCCAAGAGAUAUGCAAUAUCUUUGGUACAUAUUAAUUUAGCAAUAAUCAUUAAAUAAAGAUAUCUUAUUCUUGCAUGAUAAAAAUUUAAAAAACUCUGUUCUUGGGCAAACUGAUAAACAGACCCCAUAUAAAUCCUUUUUUUUUUCUUCUUCCAAUAAACUGGUUAUACAACUUUGAUGAAAUACUACACCUAAAUGUCUUAGGUGUAGUUCAUAUAAUACAUUUCACCUGCAAAUGCUUGCCUUUAACUCAUUCACAACUGACUGCUUUUAAUUCAAAAUGAAUUGAUCUCUUUAUAGAGAAUAUGGAAUACAUAGCUAAAAAAUAAAUUUAAAACACAACAAAUGUGUGUAUUGAUUGCUGUUUAGGAAACAUUUUAAAUUUUAAAAUCAAGUUUGCAAAAUUGCCAUUUAAAAAAACUCUCAUUUUUAUUUACAAACCAAUGUUAGGAAAAAUGUAACAAUACCUGCACAGGACUCUUCACACCAUAACCAAUAUAGUGGACUGUACUAAUUAUGGUACUUAGCAGGGGCAUACCUGGAGCAUUUGGCACCCAGGGCAGAUCCUAUAUUUGGUACCCCCUUAAAAAUGUGGGGGGAAAAACACCCGCAAAUUUUUAAUAACAUACACAGACACAUAGGUACACACAUGCAGUUACAUAGAAACAGUCAUACACAGACAAACACUGGCACAUACAGAUAGACACACAGAUACAAACACACAUAUAGAUAAAAACACACACAUACAGACACAGAGAGACACACACAGACACACAUACAGAUAGAGACACACACAUACAGACACAUUUAUACAAACACAGACACACAAACAGAUACACAGGCACACACUGACACAUACAGAUACACAUAUACCAACACACAUACAGAUACACAGACACACAUGUAUAAGUGUGUGUGUUUGUAUAGUGAAUGCAGUGUGUGUGCUUGUAUAGUGGAUAAUUGUGUGAGGGAAGGGAUGAUUUGGGGGGGUGAAGUGAGAGGGAGCUCAGGGAGGGGGGUGAGGAUGAGAGGGAGAGGGUGAGGAUGAGAGGGAGGGGGUGAUUGUUAGAGGGUGGGGGUGAUUGUGAGAGAGGAGGGUGAUUGUGGGGGUGAUGUGAGGAGGAGGGUGAUUGUGAGGGAGGAUGAUGAUUGAGGAGGAGGGUGAUGAGAGGGAGGAGUGAGAGAGGAGGAGCUGGGGGGUGAGUAUGAGAGGGAGGGUGAUUGUUGGGGGGGGUGGUGUUAGGGGGAGUGAAUGAGUGAGGGAGGGGAGAGUGGUGGGAGGGGUGAUUGUGAGGGGGUGAGAGGAAGGGGGUGUGAGGGGGUGAUUGUGGGAGGGGGUGAUGAGGAGAGGGAGGGGGUGAUGAGUAGAGGGAGGGGGGGUAAUGUGAUGAGGAGAGGGGGGGUGAUGCAGGGGGGACUAAAAAAUUACCUUAAAUCCCUGGUGGUCCAGUGGGGGCUGCCUGGUGGUCCGGUGGCCAUCAGCAGUGUGCAGAGCUGCAGACCAUGGAUCUCGCGAGACUCAAUCAGAGCGUUGCCGUGGUAAGCCGCGGCAACGCUCUGAUUGGGCAGUGCUCGCCAGACACAUGGUCUGCAGCUCUGCACACUGCGUAGCUGCAGACCGGUCUCGGUAAUGGGUGCAGGAGUGGCAUUGCAGUCUGCCCCAAGCUCCCCCUAGUGAGUGGCACCAGGGGACCGCCCCCCCGCUCCCCUCUUAGUACGCCAGUAGUACUUAGACUACCCUUUUAAAAGGAAUACAAAUAUUGGGAGGUCUAGAAGGCCAACAAGUGAUUGUACUCACCUCUUACGAUCCUUUCCAGUGGAGACCCACUCCACUUUCAAGCAAACAGAUUCACAAAGGCAACAUUUGAAGGCACUAAUACUGGGUCCGUUUCGCACCAGGGCCCCAUGGAUUGUGUGUACGCCACUGUCUGUAUGUGAAAGAAGCAUCAGAUCAGGAAAGGACAAUGCAGGAUGGUUGGUAGCAGGGUUGGUAAUUCUCAAGCAAGAAAGUAAAUCAAUACAACUAUAUGCCUGUACACAGUAAAUACAGAUGUCUUUAAAAAACAGUUGUCUGUCCUGUAGAGAGCAUUACAGAUUGCUUCUAUCCCCACCCUCAGACCUGGUAUAUUAGAAUCCUUGUAAAUUUAAUCCAUAUAGGCACCAUUACUGUGUAGGAGUGGCAGUGUUAGUACAAGCUGCGGGGGGACUGACCAGAGAUUCGGCAAACUACUUUAUUUUACUAAGUGAAAAGUAACAUUGGAGUGAUGGGAAGGUUAAGGGAAACCAAGCUUAUGUGUGCAUAGGGUUGUGAGGGAAAAAGUUAAAGGAACUCUAUAGCGUUAGGAAUGCAAACCUGUAUUCCUAACGCAAGAGGGUCCCUAGUUUUAUAGGUGUGUGUGGUCCCCACCUGAGUAAAUAAAGUGUUAAAAAAUGUUUUUACUUCUUUUCAAUGACGAGACUAAAUGCUGCAUUGCCUUAAAAAGAUAAUGUAAUGAGAAGAAAAAAAACUAAUUACUUUUAACUAGUAUAGUAAAGAUGCUGUAACACGUCAGCUGCAAAACAACAUAAAAUAGACUUACAGUGUGUCUUGUAUGAAAAAAAAGUAACAUGAAAAUAUUUAACUGUAUUAGGAAAGAUAAAUUAUUGUACUUUAGAGCUUAGCACUGAAAACAGUUCCAGUUCCUUUUAUGUUGCAAUCAUUGGUAGUUCCUGGGAUUGUUGAAGAAGUAAAGCUCUCACACUUUCUGUGACAUCACAUCAGUUGGCUCAUCAAAUCAUCGGCCUCACCUAGGCACAUGGAAAAAUUUAAUUUCUUUAGCAUGAGUCUUUGACAAAAAUGCCAGCUCAGAAAAUAAAGAAUGCUGUACUCACAUAAUUGGAACUUCAUCUGUUAAAUUAAGGACACAAGGUAACUGGACUUGUGUAUAAAAGAUAAUCAAUCAUUUGUUUAGGAAUAGUCACUCGCCAAUAAGUGGGACAUUUUUAUCAGGUUAAAACUUGGACCAGGUUAUAAAUCGAUCUUCACUAAAACUAAAAAUCAAAUGCAAGAAUGGAGUGUUCUUAUGCUGCUCUAAUACUAAAUCUCUAAAAUUAUAUUUUUAAUUGAAGGGGCACUGUAAGCAACAAAACAACUUUUGCAUAAUGCAGUUGCUUUGUUGUAUAGAUCAUGUCCCCUGCCGUGUAACUGCUCAAAUGUAUACCAUUUAGUUAAGUUAAAUCACUUAACUUGCGCAGCUGUAGCUUCACCUCCCCAGAGCCCACAUGUUUUAGGGUCCCUUAUUGCACUAUGUGUAUAAUUUAGACAGUCUUGUCCCCAUUCUCAGUUAAUUGCCUUUGGUAUGACAUUAAAGGUUAAUUUACUGAACAGGGGAUAAAAUCCUUUAAAGUAAACAUACUAUGCUGUAAAAAAAAUAUCAUGUGCGAGUCACAGCCUGGGGAGAUGUGGCUUUGUCUACUGAACAAAGUAAUUUAACUCCUUAAUGGCAGAGAAUUGAGGAGUGAAAAUGCAGGUGAAUGCCCAAUACACCAUAGCUUUAUUACGCCAAAGAUGUUUUGGUGCUUAGAGUCUCAAUUUAAUUGUUAUUUCUUCAAGAAUAAGUAUGAUCAAUACAAGACAAAUUAUUGAGCCAUAUGUCCUAAAUGAAAGCAUACCAAUUAAUAAAGAAUAGCUAUGUAUUGCUAAUUACAAGUCCAAACAAAUGAAGUGACUACAAUCUAAAGGUUCUAUUAAAGAUGUUGGUCUGUUUCCCUUUACAUGGAGCAUUAAGCUGCAUGGGCUUUGAAACAAUGUAGAGUCACUUCAAAAUCUAAUAGUACAUGUAAAAAAAACUAUGUAAAGUUCAGGGCCGGUGCAAGGAUUUCUGCCGCCCUCGACAAAGAUCCAUGUUGCCCCCCCCUUCAUGUCACACACUCACUGACAGACACACACACACACUGACACACAUACACUCACUGAUGCACACACACAGAAACACACUGACAGACAUUCACUCACUGACACAUACACUCACUGACAGACACUCACUCACUGACACACAAACACACACACACUCACUGACAGACACACACACACUCACUGACAGACAUACACUCACUCACUGACAGACACACACACUUAUUGACAGACAUACACUCACACAUACGCACACUUACUGACAUACAUACACUCACACACACAUACUCACUGACAGACAUACACACACUCACUGACAGACAGACAUUCACUCACUGACACACACACAUACAGACACUUACUGACAUACAUACACUCACACACACAUGCUCACUGACAGACAUACAUACACACACACACACUGACAGACAUACUCACUCACUGACAGAUAUACACUCACUCCCCGACACACACACACACUCACUGACACACACACUCACUGACAGACACACAGACACUCACUGACAGACAUACACUCACACACACAUACUCACUGACAGACAUAAACACACACACACACACUCACUGACAGACAUAUACUCACUGACCGGCACACACACACAGACACUCACUGACAGAAUACACUCGCACAGACACACACACUUACUGACAGACAUACACUCACACACACAUACUCACUGACAUACACACACACACACACUGACAGACAUAAACUCACUCACUGACACACAUACACACUCAUUGAAAGACAUACACUCACUGACAGACAGACACACACACACACACACUCACUGACAGACAUAUACUCACUGACAGACACACACACAAACACUCACCUCCCUGGGGUCCAAUGUGGGGCAGCUCCUCACUCCUCCAGUGUGCCGUUUAGUAUGCCGGGGCUGGAAUUACGUCAUAUCCUGGCUCCCGGCAUCACAGAGGGCGCAUGAGGGAGGAGUGAGAGGCUGCAAGAAGAGCCUCCCUCGCCGCCUGCCUUCUCCGUCCCACUCUCCUCCGGCCACCGGGAUUUGAUGGGUUUAGGGGUUAGGUAUGGGGUCAGGCUUAGGGUUUAGGGUUAGCGCUUAGGAGUUAGGAGUAGGGUUAGGGUCUUACCGAAGUUCCGAAUUGACGAAGUCCAGAAUUUCAGAAGUGCCGAACCGAACCGAAUGCCAUUGGUCCGAAUUGCCAAAGCAGACAAAUAUUUUUACUUACUCGAAUUUCUGAACCAAACCAAAUUUGUUGCCCAUGCACAUCCCAAAUAGCCUUUAUGUUUCUCACCUUAAGCCAAGUGAUGCUAGGUACACUCUGCAGCAGGUACUCCCUAUCCCUAGUCCCUUUAAUGCUAAACCACACUAAUUAUUGCCACUCAUAAACCUCAUGUCCUCCUAGCACCACUACAAUGGUAUGAGACUAAUGUAUUGGGUAUAAUGAUGUAUACUACAUCCCAAUACAGCAUUAAACACACCAGUAUAUCCCUCAUAGAAAUUAUGUAAUUCUGUAAUUUUAAACAGUUAGACAUUAUUAUUUAAACUGUUAUGACAUUUCAAUACAGUGCUAUAAUAGUCUAAAAUUAAAGCAUUUAAAAAGUUGACAUUUUCAAAGUGAAUUACUUCUUCAUAUACAAUAGGGCAGCACUUUUCUUGUCCAGCUGCCCACAUAAAUAUGUUAUGUGUCCAGAAAAUCACAGUAGAUAUGGCAACUCUAACUCAAACUAUGAAAGGUGUCAGGCAUGGAUCUUACUUUGCUUAUCUUUUAGAAUACAAUAUAAUGAAACCAUGUUGAUUUUUUAGGUUUCAGAUGUUUUUUUGUUACAUAUUAAUACUGAAUUUAUUGUAUUUGUGUAAUGCAAAAAGUACAAACUAUAAUUAUGCUGAUUACCAGUGUCUUAUUUUGUUGAACUUGUUUAUAACAUUGGUCCAUAGUUUGUACUAUUUAUAAUCCUAAUUUAUAGUCACCUACUGUGAAAUGCCUGAGGAAUUUAAGACACCAGACAACACCUUAACUUGGAAUAACAGACUAUUGACAAUGCAAGAAUACCUGUUCUAAUAUCAGAUCAUAUGACAGCAACAAAUUAUCUUGGAACUUCAAUCAAAGAACUGCUUGAAUAUUUAGCACAAGUGUUAUACAUUUUCCUCGACACUUUUCAAUGGUUCAUAUGAUAAUGCACACAUGCUCAUAGCAUUUUGAGAAAUGUAAAAAUCCACAAAUUAAAGUGAACUUGUCAUGACGGAUAUAAGUUUGCAGCUUUCUAACCAUCUCUCUUCACUCAUGUUAUACAAUUAAGUGUUUCUUCCUUUAAUACUGUUAAAAGAUCAUAUUUUAAUUUAUUUCUAUUACACCUGUUUCAUGCUGAGACCAUCAAUCAUGUUUUCAGUGGGUGUUACACUAGCUUUAAGAUACACCUCUCCCUAGCAUUUUGUCUUGGCUUUGUGUAAAUAUAAAAUCUGCUAUUUCUCUCCUCUCUCCGUGAUUGCUGCUGGUGCUGCUUUGACACAGAGCCUGCUCCUCCCCAAUCCCCAAUACUUCCCACUGCAGGCAUUGCUUCCCCUUAGGCUGGAUUCAAGCAUGAGGCACUCACAGAUGAGGAUUUCCCUGGUGACAGACAUGUAGUGCACAGGCUUCUUAACCCUUUGCUGAAUAACACAGAAUGAACUGAUGGAGAGGAGAGAUGGUUUUUUACCUCUGAUUUUAGAGAAAUCUAGACAUUUAAUAGCAAUUCUGCUACCAUAACAUGGAGAAAUGUCAUUCUCUAAGAUCUAAGAUUAAGUUGAGUUGUCAUGACAGGUACCCUUUAAGGUAGAUACAUUUUCAUUUUUCAAUGGUGUCAUGCAACAAACAAACAAAUAAACAAGAGAAGUAUGUAUUAAUUAGACUCAAUAAAAAAGCAAUCAUAUAAAUUGACUGUAUGUGAAAAGCAAGAAUAAAAAUGUCUGUGAUAGGAAAUAGCAAAGUGUGAUAGUCUGCCGUAUACCACAUUAUGCCACAGCUCAUACUUCCCAUAAGACAAACAUGGUUAUUUACUAAAGUAAGAAUUGCAGAGAACACAAAAUGAAUUCAAAGUUUUGGCUAAAAUAGUUGUCACUUCUGUUUUGUGUUUUGCUAUUUUGGCCUUAAAUUUUAAAUUAAUUUUGUGUUCGCUCUGAAUUCAGAUAAUUUUCACUUUAGUGAAAAAACCUGUUUACGGGCUUGCUGCCCUUCUUUUUGCUGCUGAUUGCAUUAAAACUUCAACACAACAGACAGAAACAAUGCAGCUUUAAAAGAUAGUAAAUGUGUUUAGAAAUUCAAUUGCAUAAAUAAAAUACCAUGCUUUUGUUCUGUAAGACUUUUUUCAGCUACACAAAUAGCUAACAGCAUGUUGAAAUGACCUAAAAUAUUCUGGAAAUACCCUGUCUCGCUGGCACAUCAUCUAAAAGAAGCCACACUUGAGCUAGCUACGUAGUACACUCCCCUCUCUAGCAACACAUUAAGACAUAAAUAGAGCCAUAGCAAAACAGUAAGUGGCACAGAGAAUUUGGGAAUAUAUAACACUUAAUAGAAAUGUGAAUGAGUUCCAUUGUAGUUUCUAAUGUGAUAGCACAGGCUAAUAUUGUUUGCUGUAUCUCCUGCGCUUUAAGACUCAAUUUAUUUUGAAAAAAUCACAAAUAUGUCUUUUUCAUUAUUAUCAUAUCCUUUCUUUUUAUAUCUUCACUUCAAAAUAUGGAGCUAUUCCUAUAUUGUAGUAAAUCAUAGAUAUUGGGAAUUACGCAAUUCUUUUUGUUUCUAGAAAACACGAUAUGCAUGUUUCAUUUACACUGUGCAGAUCUUGUUUGUUUAAUUUUACUGCAAUUUCUCGUUCAAUAAAGUUUGAGGGUUUUUUUCAAUAAUAACUGAGAAUUGCAAAUUUAAGACCACAAUAGACAAAUAAGAAACCUCCUUCAACUCAGCUUUUUUCCCAUUUCAACCAUUGUGACCUAAAAUUUACAAUUCCCUUACCAAUUUUCCACAGUUCAUGUUUCAGUAAAUAAUCCCUUAAGUGCUUGUGAUAAAAAGUUUUGAAGUUAGAAGAAUUCAAAUGUUACUUAGUGCCAUUUACUGGGAAAAAGGGAAUCAUGUAUAAAGAACAAAUGCAAGGAAAAUACAUAAAUAUGCUCCAAACAGCAUGACCAGCAUAAUCUAGUUUUGUUUUAAUAUAUCUGUAGUUUUAUAAAACAAAACGUUUUGGACUGUGAAACAUGUUUGAGAAAGUAACGUUGUCUAUCUCUUGUUCUAGGUCUUGAUGCUACAAUGGAUUGGAAGACAUUCCAAGGCCUUCUGAGUGGUGUGAAUAAAUACUCAACAGCAUUUGGACGAAUAUGGCUAUCUGUAGUUUUUGUAUUUCGGGUUCUUGUUUAUGUGGUUGCUGCAGAGAAAGUGUGGGGAGACGAGCAAAAAGAUUUUGACUGCAACACCCGACAACCUGGCUGCUCCAAUGUCUGCUAUGACCACUUUUUCCCUAUCUCCCAUAUCCGACUCUGGGCCUUACAGCUAAUCUUUGUUACAUGUCCAUCCCUUUUGGUGAUUAUGCAUGUAGCCUACAGAGAGGACAGAGAGAAGAAGAACAAGCUGAAGAAUGGAGAGAACUGUAAUAAGCUCUAUUCAAACACUGGCAAGAAACAUGGUGGCCUCUGGUGGACCUAUCUAAUAAGCCUCUUUUUCAAGACAGGCAUUGAAAUCACCUUUCUUUGCAUCCUGCAUAAUAUGUGGGAGAGCUUUUACCUGCCGCGCUUGGUCAAGUGUGCCAAUAUUGACCCUUGUCCUAACAUUGUUGACUGUUAUAUUGCUCGGCCCACGGAGAAAAAGGUUUUCACCUACUUCAUGGUGGCUGCCUCCGGCCUCUGCAUUUUCCUUAAUAUCUGUGAAAUAUCCUACCUUAUUAUAAAGAGGGUGAUGAAUUGUAUUAACAAGUGUCGAAAGUCCAGCAGUCACUCAGUCACCUACAGUAAAGCCUCCACCUGCCAAUGUCACGUCCAUCUUGACAACACUGAAAAGAAACCUUUAAACAAGACAGUAGAGUCUCUCCGUGCCUCUGCACCAAAUCUGACUUCUCUGUAGGGGACACUGGAGAAGCACAAUGUACAUGCUUAAACAAACACUUUCUGCCCAUUUUGGACAUGCAUCAUAUACUAUGUUACCAAAUACCUUAUAGCAGUUCAAGCAUUUUUUAUUGGAAACUUGUAUGCUGUCCAAAUCUGAGAUGUCAUGUUUGUAUAACAGGUGCCAAAAAAUGGUAUUUCCAGACUGUUUACAUUGCAAGAUAUAGCUCUACUGAUUGCACAAACCAAAGACAAAAGUAGAGCUAGAUGAAUACUAUAUGUCAUAAGAAAAUCGUGACAAGAGAACUAAAAGACACUUGUUAGAUUAUCAGCUCAUCUGGCUAAUCAUUUAAGAAGUAUGUGAUUUUGCAUUUCAUAGUUUGGUUUGUAGGUAUCAACAUCCUAAAACCAAUUAAGGACAGUUUCAUACAAAUUCAUUCUACACUGCCUGUAUGCCUUCAAGCUAUGUUCCGUUAAAAGGCAAUCGCAGCUCUUAUUGCUUAAAUGCUUAUAGUAAAUGAGGAAUGUGUGAUGCACGAGAAAAAAGUGGAAGAUUUAAAAGAAUACCAGGCAACAUAAUUUGAAAUGCUAAAUUAUGAAAUGGUGAAGACCAAGGGACAUUUACUACUACUAUUCUCAAAAAUCACAUAAUCUGAACACAAAAUAGCAGAAAUCACUGCCAGAUCUUAAAACAAAUAGCGUUAAAAUCUUAUGUAUAUAUGUUGUAGAUAGACCAGUAGCAAAUUGUACUUUUUUUUUUACAUAUCAAAUGAAUGCCAAGCACUGCUAAACUAAUUUCCUUUCUGCUGCUGUACUUAUCAUGUUAGUUUAUAAAGCUGGACUUAACUGCCCUGGAUGUGAUAUGCACACUUCUAAGUUAUAUCCAGAACAACAUAGAGCUGAAUGAACAAUAACAUUAGGGUUAUCAGUACAUUGCAAAGAAAUUACACUUUCCCCUGAAAUCAAGUGGUCAGCAGAAAACAAAAAAAUAUGAGCUGUUUUAGUGAAUUUUAAAAAAAAAGAUUGUAUUAACAGUUCUUAGUCUGAAGCAAAAUUAUGCUCUCAGUUCAUGGGUUCUACAGCUCCCAAUAUCAGUGUCCCUGUUGGAUGGGGGGAAAAGUUGGAGUCCUAUGAAACACGUCCCUUGCACCUCCCAAAAGCAGCAGACCCAUUCCAGACAGGCCCCUUGAAUUUCUGGCAGGUUAGCCUGGUGUGUAAUGUAAUUUCAUGCUGCCUGACAAACAAGCAGGUUGCUUUUUGGGGACAGUUAAGUGGUAUCCACAAAAGCACAACACCUGGGAUCAAAGCCAGGAUGGUAGGACAGGACCAAUAACUCAGGAUGAUUGGGAGCCAUGAGUUUCACAUGUAGAUAUGCACCUUACAUAGACUAAUUGUCAAUUUAUGGGGUUUAUUUACCAAAACAAUAAUUGUCUACAAUUGACAAAGAGAUUUCAUCUUUUGGGUCAGAUUACUUGAAUAGUAUUAAUAGCUUAGUUGAGGUUUUCCAAUUGAGCAAUUUUAGAAUACGAGUUAGAAAUCAUUUUUAUCAAUUAUCCACAAUUCCCAGUUUAGCGAACAAACCUCUGCAUAUUAGAUGACGAUCAUAACGAAAAUAAAAUAUUUGCUACCUGCUCACUGCCAGACACUCUGUUGAAGAGAUUGUUUAAGAUAACCAAAUAUAUUUUUUUCUACAGUUUUUAGAUAUUCGGAGGACAUCAUUCUUUCUGUCACCUCUGUAUUUAUUAUUUAUAUGAAAAACAUGUAUUUUAUUAAAAGUUGAAUUUUUUUAACAAGCAAAGGUUGUUUAAUUUAAUCAGUUCCAUAUGCAUGUAAAUGCUAGUAAGUAAAAAAGGACAUAUACAGCAAGUACAGAAGAGAUAUUUUUUUCACUGGAGAAAGAAUGACUCGGCACUCAUGCACAAAGGCCCAACAGAAGCCACCCAAGCUACAUGAAUCAAGAC